ACGGAUAUCUCACGGCAAACCAGCUCCAGCAACCUGGGAUGGCACGAGGCUUUCAUGAUGCGGCUCUCGACUUGCCUAGCUAGUUGCGGGGUCGCUGCCGUUGGUGAUGGUACCACGGCUCUGUACCUCUACCUCGGCUGAACACGAUCCAUUGAGUUGGAAACCGCUUCCAACCGCCCUCUGCACCCCAUCUCGAUAAUCGAAGAUACGCAACAACAUUCGACCUGCACAACUACACAAUGCAGUCAGUCUCGGCACUUGCUUCGCCUUUGCGAAAGAUACACCCCACGGCGGCAUGUCGGAGGACGCGCAGAUGCUUCUCAAGCUCUCGGGACUUGCAAGCUUCCUGGGGCUUUAUAGGAUUAGGACAAAUGGGCUACUCCAUGGCUAAAAACCUACGAGCAAAGAUUCCAGCUGAGGACACCCUCUUCGUGCACGACGUCAACACCGCUGCCACUGAGAGGUUCAGCGAAGAAUAUCCACAUAGAGUGACCGUCGCGAGCAGUGUACGAGAAGUCGCAGAGAACGCUGAAACAAUCAUUACUUCGUUGCCAGCUCCACAGCAUGUCAAGGCUGUUUUCAAGGAGAUGCUGGAGCCAGCCACUCUUCUCAGUGUGGGAACCGUCAAGAAGGAGCGAUUCUUCAUCGAUUGUUCGACCAUCGACCCCAAGACCUCUGGUGAAGUGGCGGAAGCCGCUAGCUCAUCUGGUCAAGGCAAGUUCAUCGAUGCACCCAUGUCGGGUGGUGUUGUUGGUGCAAAGGCUGGUACCCUCACGUUUAUGAUCGGUGCACAGCCCGAGGCAGUCGAGGGGGCGACGCGAGUGCUUUCUAUGAUGGGCAAGAGAGUUGUGCAUCUUGGCGGACCCGGUGCCGGUCUCAAAGGGAAGUUGGCGAACAACUACUUGCUCGCUCUCAACAACAUCGCUACAGCAGAAGCUAUGAGUAUGGGGGUCAAAUGGGGCCUCGACCCCAAGGCGUUGGCCGGCAUGAUCAACACAGCUACGGGCAAGUGCUGGCCCAGCGAGGUGAACAAUCCCGUCCCCGGCGUCAUCGAGACUUCGCCGGCGAGCAGAGGGUACGAGGGAGGUUUCGGAAUAUCGCUUGCCAAUAAGGACUUGAAGCUCGCACUACAGGCUGCUGCUGAUGCCAAGGUUAAACUCGCGCUGGGAGAGCCUGCAAGAGCGCUCUACGAUGCUGCGGAGCAGGCGGACAACUGCAAAGGAAAGGACUUUUCGGUCGUAUACCGAUACCUAGGCGGUAAAGAGUAGUAUAGUAAAUGAAAAGCACAUGGUUAUCCCU